CCUCAGCUGUGUAUUCAGUGUGUUGAGCAGCAGAUUUAUCUCCACCAUCACCAGGACAAGCAGCACGACCAGACAGCGACCGUUGCACAUGAUGAUGGAGGUCACCGACUAUGGAGAUUAUUCCAACCAAUCAUAUUAUGACUACAAUUCCACAGAUUAUCCGAGAGAAGAACCAUGUAAUCACCUGAAGAACCAGAGUGUUGAGCUUGUGAUUGGUCCUUAUGUCCACUCCAUCAUCUGCAUCCUGGGCUUCGUGGGGAACAGUCUGGUGAUCGUCACCUACGCCUUCUACAAGAGGACAAAGUCCAUGACUGACGUCUACCUGCUCAACGUGGCCAUUGCAGACCUGGUGUUUGUGGUGUUACUGCCUCUCAUCGUCUACAACGAGCUGACGGCGUGGUCCAUGGGGCCGGUCGCCUGCAAGCUACUGCGUGGCUCCUACAGCGUCAACCUCUACAGCGGCAUGCUGCUGCUCGCCUGCAUCAGCACUGACCGCUACAUUGCCAUCGUCCAGGCCCGCCGCAGCUUCAGACUGCGCUCUCUGCAGUACAGUCGCCUCAUCUGCACCAUCGUCUGGGUCUUUGCCUUACUGCUGUCCGUCCCUUCCUUCUACUUUUACAACCGGUAUGAUGCAUCUCCCAGUGAGAGCUUCUUUAUCACUGAGGAGAUGGACUGGGUUCCGGACUUUGAGCCUUCUCAUUAUGUCUGUGAGUUCAAGUUCAUGGACACCACUAUAGCCAAGAAAGCAAGGGUGGCGAUACCCAGCACCCAGCUGGCUGUGGGUUUCUUCCUGCCACUGCUCAUCAUGGUCUUCUGCUACACCGCCGUCAUCAUCACCCUGCUCAAAGCCAAAAACUUUCAGCGGCACAAGGCGGUGCGGGUGGUGCUGGUGGUAGUGGCGGUGUUCGUCAUCUGCCACCUUCCCUACAACGUCACACUGCUGUAUGACACCAUCACCAUGUUUGGAGAAAUGACAUGUGAAGACUCAGAUGCCUUACUCACAGCCAAGACAGUGACGCAAACCAUUGCCUACCUGCACUGCUGCCUGAACCCGGUCCUGUACGCCUUUGUGGGGGUGAAGUUCAGAAACCAUUUCAGGAGGAUCGUCCGGGAUGUUUGGUGUCUGGGGAAGAGGUACAUCGCACCACGACGCUUCUCCAGGACCACCUCAGAGGUUUUCAUGUCCACACGCCGUUCGGUUGACGGAACCAGUGAAAAUGGCUCGUCUUUCACCAUGUGAGGAUGCCAGGCGGGUUCAUCUGUGGCUCCGUCUGAUGUGGAAGAGAAAAUGUUGGAACUGCGAUGCCUAGCUCAAGGCCUGAUUGUCCUGGAAGAAAAACCAGAUCUAAGUCUAUCGUUUUAUAACCUGUGUUGUUCAGGCUGUGCAACUAAAGUCACAAUGUCAACAAGAAAUUACCCUUUUAUUUAACAAGAAUCAUCUCAAAGUUUAAAAGCCUGGUAUCAAAGCAACCCCGUUUAUCAAAGCACUCCUGGACCUUGUCUUCAGCUGAGACAAAACACCAGACUUUUACAGAUAAAUAAAUUCUCUCCCAUUUAAAAUCAGACUUCAUUUUUACCACUGAAACGCCGGACAGGAACACAUCUAGAGAUAAAGUAUGUUGACAAUUAGAUGGACUACUCUUGUGCAACAACAAAAGCCAAAUCAGGUUUCACUGAAGUACCCCCCCCACAUUCAGACAGUCCACCUAAAUUAUUAAGCUAAGAAAAGAUGGCAAAUAUGACCCCAAGUGAGUUAACUGAAUUAAAAAGUUAUUGGGAUGUUCUGCAAUAAGGACGGUCAAUGCUGACAGGUUAUGUCAUGGUCAGACUGCACAAUAUUUCUGCAAUGAUUUGAAGGUCACUGUGUCAGAUUAGGCAAUCACAGAGCUAUUUGUGCCAUGACUCAACCAAUGAACAUGAUGGACUACGCAGUGGUACCCCACCAGUCAUCAGGACCAUUGGGAUGAUGCUGCAAGGAGGACAGAUGGGGCUGGACGACACCUGGAAAGAAGCCUGUAAACAAACGUUCUGUGUUUACUGUGCUGUUUUGUAUCUAUUUGUCUGUCCAAACAUUUUGAUGAAUGCUGUGCUAGCUUGAUGCUAAAACUAAUGGCAGUUACUCACUGGGUUGCCAUUUUGGGCCAGCAUUUCUGUUUUUUCAGUCUGUCGUGGUCGUUCCUCAACAACAUAUCGUAAAUGCAGGGAUUAUGACAAAGAUUGACCAACUUCUCCUCUGUCUCAAACUUCCACUCUCACAGCACCAACUUCAUCACUCUUCUUACCUUCAAUGUUUGUUUAGUUUACUUUUGUGUCUUUUGCAUGUGCAGAGCACUCUGUACUCUCAUUGGUCACUGGCAUGACAGAACGCCUAUCUGUAAGGAGAUUGUUAGGCUUCACAGAUGUGGCCUUGAACCCCUAGACAGCUGUAAUGGGCUAUGAAAAUGGUUAGAACAUGUAGCCUGACCCUGCCUUGGUUAAAACAGGCAAUAAGGGCAAAAAGGGGAAAAUAUAUCAGGGGAAAACAUUUGAACACGUAGGUUAUAAAGUGUCAAAAAUAGGUAAUGGGUGGUAAUUCAGGCAGGAAAUGGUUAAAAAAGGGGUUAAAACGUGUCAAAAAUGGUUUACAAAGGGGUAAUAUGGGCAAAAUAUGGGCAAAAGGCAUUUGAAUGUGAAAAUGGGGUAUAACUGGCAACUAUGGGCAGAUAGGGUGGUAAAGAUGGGUUAAAAAUGAUCAAUAGAGGGUUUUAAGUGGCAAACGUGGGCAGAAAAUGUAGUAAAGAGGGGUUGAAAUUUUUAAGAAAUUAGUAAAAAUGGACUAAAAUUAGUUUAAGAAUAACAACAAGUGGUUAAUGAAUACAAUAAGGGCAAAAAAGAGAAAAGAAGCAGGGAAAAUUGUGAAAAUAGGUUUUAAAUGGAGAUUAUUGGCAGAAAAAGUGGUAAAAAUGAAUGAAAAUGGGUUAGAAGUGGGAAAUAAAGGUGGUAAAAAAUGUUAAAUGAGUAUCAAGUGGGCAGUGUGGGCAGAGAAGUGGUAGAAAUGGUUUACAGGGGCAAAUAGGGGCAGAAGAUUGAUAAAAAAUGGUUAAGAAGUGUCAAAAAAGGGUUUAUAUGUAGCUAAUAUGGGCAAAAGGCAUUUGAAUGUGUUGAAAAUGGGGUAUAACUGGCAACUGUUGGCAGAUAGAGUGGUAAAGAUGGGUUAAAAAUUAUCAAUAGAGGGUUUUAAGUGGCAAACAUGGGCAGAAAAAGUGGUAAAGAGGGGUUGAAAUUUGUAGUAAAUUAGUAAAAAUGGGCUAAAAUUUGUUUAAGAAUAGCAACGAGUGGUUAAUAGAUGCAAUAAGGGCAAAAAGAGAAAAAAAGGCAGGGAAAAAUUGUGAAAAUAGGUUUCAAAUGGCAUAUAUCGGCAGAAAAAGUGCUGAAAGUGGGUUAAAAGUGGCAAAUAGGGGCAGAAAAUGUGUUGAAAAUGGGUUAGAAGUGGGGAAAAAGGUAGUUAAAAGUGUCAGAUGAGCGGCCAGUGUGGGCAGAAGAAGGUGAUAGAAAUGGGUUACAGGUGGCAAAUAGGGGAAGAAGAUUGGUACAAAGUGGAAAAAAUGAGUCGAAAUGGUUCACAAAUGAGAAUGUGAGCAGACAGUUGGCAGAAAAAGUGGUUAAAAAUGUCAAAAAUGGUGACAAAUGUGACAAAAACUGGUAAAAAGAGGCCAAAAAGUGGCAAAAAGGGUGUAUUUGGUCAGGAAGAAGUGGGGAAAGAGAGUUAAAAAGUAGUGAAACAAGGUUGAAAUGAACACAGAUAAACAUUUUCAACAUUAAAACCCAACAAAAGCUUGGCACACUUUUUAGCUCCAAAAUUGGGAGCUGUUAGAAAAGAUUUUAGUUCCAAUGCCACCAAGCAACAGAUUUACUGAUGUCAUUGAUAAAACCUAACUGGGUGUUUUAGGGGCCCUGCCAGUUCUGUGGGCAGGCCUGGGUAACAUGAUGGACAAACUCCUUACACAAGUGUGCUCGGGUACAGAACAAUGUCACUGAUGUAAAAGCAGAAAAGCGGGGGAGGGGGGAGCAACUGCACCUGGGCACACGAUGAAACAAUCAUAUAUGAAGGGAAAACACCUUCAGUUUCACUGAUGUAGCAGUGCAGCGUCAGCUUUAAAGGUCAACAUCAUAUAAUAAAUGAAUUAAACUCCAUAAUCAACAGAAGGGGAACCAUUUAUGGAACGCUGACAAUAUGGAUCUAAAAUACUUCUAUGAGAAACUCACAUUAAUGGAACUUAGACAUCUGAUUCAUAAUUUAAACACAGUUAAUCUGCUGAGAGCUUUUUAAAGUUUGUAAGGUGUUUUAUUGAUGUGUCUUCUUUCUUUUUAAAUAUUUUUCUGUAUUGCUUUGUUUAAUUUUGCUUAACACACAUACCCAUUCAUGCACACAGAGGAUCCUGAACUUGUUGAUGUUAGCGCCUCCUGCUGGAUGAACUGUGCGACUUCCUGUCCUUGUGUA